GGACAGAGGGCGUUUGCGGGGUGCCCGGCAGCAGGGUCCUACCCGUCCUCGAAGCCCGAGGGCGCCGCGUGACACGGGGACCCACCAUGCUCCAGCUCACGUGGCACCAGGAGCCAGUGACGUUUGAGGACGUGGCUGUGUACUUCACCCAGAACGAGUGGGUGAUCCUAGACCCUUCCCAGAGGGCUUUGUACCGGGAGGUGAUGCUGGAGAAUUACGCAAAUGUGGCUUCUCUGGCUUUUCUCUUCACCAGACCCGCUCUGGUCUCCCAGCUGGAGCGAGGGGAGCUGCCGUGGGGCCCGGAGCCCUGGGAAACUGCGGGCAGGGAAGCCCUCGGAGGCUUCUGUCCAGGGGGUGAGACCAGAGCUGAGAAGGAAGAAUCGACUCCAAAGGAACACAUUUCUGAAGAAACAGAGUCCCACAGACUGACGUUAGGAGGGCUGCUGGGGGACGUUCCCCAGCACUUGGACUUCGGGAGCAGCCUAGAGCAGCAGCAGGGUCACUGCACAGCUAAGAAGACAAAGUCAAAGAGGGGAGCUUUCCCAGACGGGCCGGCCAGCUCUCGCGAGGCCUGCACCGUGGAGAGUGUGGAGAAGUGGGAGCAAUUUGGGGAAGACGUUAGUGUCGGCACACGACUCACUACGGAUCAGGCAGUUCCUAGUGGUCAGAGAUCAUAUGAAUGUAGAAAAUGUGGCAGAUAUUUCAGUCGAAUGGCAGAUUUUCAGGGAUGUCACGCUGAUGAAAGGUCUUUUAAGUGCAAAGAAUGUGGAAAAGCCUUCAGAUAUAACUCAUUACUAGUUCGGCAUCAGGUAAUUCACACUGGAAAGAAACCAUUUAAAUGUAAAGAAUGUGGGAAAGGUUUAAGUUCGGACACCGCCUUGAUUCAGCAUCAGAGAAUCCACACUGGAGAAAAGCCCUAUGAAUGUAAGGAGUGCGGCAAGGCCUUCAUCAGCAGCUCCGUGUACCUCCAGCACCAGAGAUUCCACACGGGGGAGAAGCUCUAUGAGUGUAAUGAAUGUUGGAAGACUUUCAGCUGUAGCUCGAGCUUUAUUGUCCAUCAGAGAGUGCACACUGGGGAGAGACACUACGAGUGUAAAGAGUGUGGGAAACGAUUAAGUUCCCCCACGGCCUUGACUCAGCACCAGCGCAUUCACACGGGGGAGAAACCUUUCGAAUGUAAGGAGUGCGGGAAGGCCUUCAGUCAGAAAAUCACCCUGGUCCAGCACGAGCGAGUUCACACUGGCGAGAAACCGUACGAGUGUGAGGUGUGCGGGAAAACCUUCAGCUGGUGUGGGCGAUUCACCCUGCAUCGGAAACUGCACACGCAGAAGAUACCUGUGCAGGAGUAGGGCCGUCUGUGGCGGGGGGCGCUGCGCCUCCUUGGUUCUCAUCGUUCUCAUGCUCUUCACGAGCACGCUCUUUACAGGGAGAAAGGAAACAAACCCCCAAAGGCACCAGCGUACAAGAAAUGUAACUGGCUGAUCCCUCGUGGGGUUAGUGGUGUCCCUGAGUGCCCCGCGAGAUGGAUGAGGGAGGGGUGUGUGGGAGGACCUGCAUCAGAGAACACCACUGUGAAUGAUCAGGCUUAAGGAGGAGAUCUUAAAAAGUUUCUAGACAAGACAAAAGAUCAGGAAUACAAAUGCGUUGGGCUUCGUAACAGCAGGCUUGAAAGUUAGAGGACAGUGGUGUAUGCCUUCCAAAUUCUAAGGGAAAAUAACUUCUGCCCAGAAUUCAGCAUCCUCAAGUGUGAGUUUAGUAUAAGGUAUUUCAGACCUUUUAGGUCUUGAGUGUUUUUUGCCCAUGGAUCCCUUCUCAGGUGUGCAACAGCAAAAAAGGAGUCAACCAGAAAAGAAUGGACACCCUGUCACCAUCUGUAUAUUAGGAGUCCCCUAAACUCGGAAACAAAGGGCCCUUGUCCGCGUGGAGCCGUGUGCACAGUGGAGGACAUUCCUAGUAGGGUGUACAUUUUCAGAGACCUACCUCAGGUGCAGGGCCCACCCACGCUACACACUCUUUAGUUACUUACCACCACUCAAGUUGCAUUCUGUGCCUUUGCAGAAGUUGGGGUGUAUGUACCCUAUGAGUCAGAUGCAAGGCCCUAUCAAAUUCAUCCAUCUCAAUGCUGUUCUUUAUCGUGGAAAAAGUGGCCAUUAUUUUCUGUUACGUGUGGACGCAAGGGGAGGUGUAAAUGUGUUCUGUCAUAGCAUCCCUCUUUUGCAAGCUGCUUGAUUUUACCCAGUACGGGAAGCAGAGUAGUGGGUAAUAAUACCGAGAUGGGCAGACUUUGUUAUGAGUCCAGGUGUGUUAGCUUGGUUAAGUUACAGACACCACUAAUUUCCUUAGUAAAAUCUGGAUGACCGUCUACCUCAUAUGUUUGUGUUGAGGAUUCACUGCAUUAAUACACGCCAUAGUGCUUCGAACAAGGAGUAGAACGUAAUAAACAAAAGUGUUAUUUAUUAUUAUAGUAACAUUGCCGAGCUCUGGCUUCUGUAUACACCUGUGAAGCAGUCACCACAGUCAAGGUUAUAAAUAGCCGCAACCCCCCAAACAUUGCUUGUGCACUGCAGCUGCUGAUCAGCUGUCAAUUUGGAUAAGUUUUGCUUCUCUAGGAUUUUAUAUAAAUAUCAUAUUGUAUGUACUCUUAUUUUUGGCCUGGUGUCCUUUAACUCAGCAUAAUUAUUUUGUUAUUCACCCAUGUUGCGUGUGCAUUAUAUCUGGUUGUUUUCUCUUUUUCUUUUCUUUCUCUCUCUUCCCCUCCCUCCCUCCGUCUCUCCCUCCAUCCCUUCCUAGCAGUAUUACACUAUGGAUAUACCAAAAUUUGUCCAUUUAUCUCUUGAUGCCCAUUCGGGCUGAUUCCAGUUUUUGGUUAUUAUAAAUAAAGCUGCUAUGAACA